AUGGGAGAAAAUGGAGAUAAUGGGAAAGGAACUGUUUGUGUCACCGGAGGAACAGGUUUUCUGGCAUCAUGGUUGAUCAUGAAACUUCUAGAAGAUGGCUACUCCGUUAACACCACGGUUAGGUCACUGGCCAUAGAUCUGAGCUAUCUCACGCGUUUGCCCGGAGCGUCGGAGAGACUGCGCGUUUUCGAGGCGGAUCUCGGCCGGCCGGAGAGUUUCCAGGCGGCGGUGGAGAAAUGCGUCGGAGUUUUUCACGUUGCUCAUCCGAUGGACUUCGGGGAGGGGUCGGAGGAGAUCGAGGAGGCGAAGAUCGAGUGCGCCGUUAAUGGGACGUUGGGCGUUUUGCGGGCGGCCGUUGGGUCGAAAACCGUUAAGAGAGUGGUGGUUACUUCAAGCAGGCUGGCCGUCGUGUUUAACGGCGACGGAGGUUCCGCCGUCGUCGACGAGAGGUCGUGGACGGAUGUGGGUUUUGUUAAGGAAUCAAAGCCUUUCGGGGCUUCCUAUGUUAUUAGCAAAACUUUAGCGGAAAAGGCGGCGUUGGAGUUCGGAGAGAAAUAUGAAGUUGAUGUUGUCACAGUUAUUACUUCAUGGAUCCAUGGCCCUUUCUUGUCUCCUCAGUUCCCCGAGACCCUACGCCCUGCAAUGUCAAUGGUUUUGGGUGGGGAUCAAGCAAAUGUUAUGAAGUAUCCUUCAUUGACUCCAUUUGUGCAUGUUGAUGAUGCGGCAAGUGCACACAUCUUUCUUAUGGAGCAUCGUAAUGCAAAGGGGAGGUACAUUUGUUCUUCUCUUGGAAUAACACCCCAAGACUUGCACAAAUUUCUUUCAACUAGAUAUCCACAAUAUCAUCUUCCAUAUUCAUACUCUUUAGAGGAUAUGGGAGGUUAUUUCAAACAUCCAAUUCUUUCAUCAAAGAAACUAUUGGAUAUGGGCUUCAAAUUCAAGUACGGGCUCGAAGAAAUGUUCGAUGGAGCCAUUGAGAGUUGCAGAAGAGUUGGACUUCUCUAGUUUCCAACUUGACUCAAGAUGUUAUAAUUACCAUAUCUCGCUUUCAUUGGUUGUAAUUGUAUUAGUAUGACAUUGUUUCGUAUUUUCACCUUAUUCAAUAAAUUUUAAU